UCCCCUCUCCUCCAGGUUGGAGUCGGCCAUUUCCACUCCACAGGCGAACCCCACACACAGAGGCAGCUGGACAGCGACUGAUAACAUCUGAAGAUGAGUGAGCAGGCAAUUUCCUUUGCUAAGGACUUCUUGGCUGGUGGUAUUGCUGCUGCCAUCUCCAAAACAGCUGUAGCCCCCAUUGAGAGGGUUAAGCUUCUCCUCCAGGUACAAUAUGCAAGCAAACAGAUUUCAGUAGAGAAGCAGUACAAGGGCAUCAUUGACUGUGUUGUCCGCAUCCCCAAAGAGCAGGGAUUUCUCUCAUUCUGGAGAGGGAAUCUGGCCAACGUCAUCCGAUACUUCCCCACGCAGGCCCUCAACUUUGCUUUCAAGGACAAGUACAAGAAGGUUUUCCUUGACGGUGUAGACAAGCACACUCAGUUCUGGAGAUACUUUGCAGGUAACCUGGCAUCAGGCGGCGCCGCCGGAGCCACCUCGCUCUGUUUCGUCUACCCUCUCGACUUCGCCAGAACACGUCUGGCUGCUGAUGUCGGUAAAGCGGGAGCAGGGCGUGAGUUCAAAGGUCUGGGAGACUGCUUGGUAAAAAUUAGCAAGUCUGAUGGCAUCAAGGGUCUGUACCAGGGCUUCAGCGUCUCCGUGCAGGGCAUCAUCAUCUACAGAGCAGCUUACUUUGGCGUCUAUGACACAGCAAAGGGAAUGCUCCCAGACCCAAAGAACACACACAUCUUUGUCAGCUGGAUGAUUGCUCAGUCUGUGACGGCGGUUGCCGGUCUCGUGUCUUAUCCCUUUGACACUGUCCGUCGUCGUAUGAUGAUGCAGUCUGGACGCAAAGGAGCUGACAUCAUGUACUCUGGCACCAUUGACUGCUGGAGGAAGAUCGCCCGUGAUGAGGGCACCAAUGCCUUUUUCAAGGGAGCAUGGUCUAACGUGCUCAGAGGCAUGGGUGGCGCCUUUGUGCUUGUCUUGUACGAUGAGCUCAAGAAAGUCAUCUAAGUUGUUUUUGUAUGUCCACUGUUCAUGUUGUGAAGUUUAACUGUAACAUAUCUUGUACAUUUGGAAGAACUUAAAAUGCUGCAUUAUAUUUAUAGGGACCAACUGGUACUUUCUACUAGUUGUACAGGGGGAAUCUGUCACGCUCUCUUCUCUUGGCCCAUGCUUUUUUCUUUUUUGUUUUGCCUCUCACCAGAAUGUCAAUCCCUGUUACACAGGAACCUAACAGGAACAAUAAACGCAAACUACUGAUUGAA